AUGAUUAUGAUGAAUCAACCGAAACAGGAAAAAAGUUGUAAUAUUGAAAUUCCGAUUACUAAUAACAACAACAACAAUAAUCGCAUAGAUGAAAAUAGCCGACAAGAUAAUAAUUGUUGUAUAUGUUUUGGUAAUAUAAUCAAUAUGGCCAUUAUAAAUGAUUGUCAACAUUCAUUUUGUUGGGAUUGUAUUAAUGAAUGGAUACGUAUGAAUCAUAAAAAAUGUCCAUUAUGUCGUCGUUGGAUACAAUUUAUACAAUAUAAUAUACGUUCAACAAAUGAUUAUGAUUUAAAACAGGUUGUACAUGAAUUACAGGAU